AUGGCGCUCGAACUCCAUCCUGGCAAAGAUUUGGUUCCGAGGUCGCUGCUGUCGACUGCCGUCCCGAUGACCCUGACCACCAAGCGCCCCUACCUCAGCAAGUUUUGCAUGAACAUGUGGUGCAGGUGGACGUGCUUGAUCUUACCGAGGCCCAGCCUGCUCUGUGAUGAUAUGGCUGCCGAGCUGUCUGACUCCAUGAUCAGGGUACCUGCAGACGACUCUCUUGAGGCGCGCCAGGUCUCUCACUGGCGGCUUGCCCAUUCCACGGCUCACCUCCUUCGCAGCGACCUGCACGUCGUGCCGCUCGCCAGCCACGAGCAGAAGCUUACCGAUGUGACCCGCCUGUUCAUGUUGCUCCCGAGCCUUGGCGCGCCGCCGGCUCUCGCCCGCUCCAGCCCCGCGCUCCCCGCGCGCCGGCUGCUCGCGCUCGGGAUGGUGUGCGCGGGGCCGGGGUUGCACACCAGCUUCGCCCGUGUCCUUGCACACGGGAUCCUGCCGGCCGUCCUGCCGUCCUACCGGCGCAAGCUCCUGCACUGGUUGGCCGACGAGAUCGGCCUGCCCCACGUCUCGGCGGACAUGCCAGACGGCUCCCGCCGGCUGCACAUUGCCACCGAGCGGGAGGCCCUGCCGGACAGGUUCUUCGUCGAGGGGGAGGAGGUGGAGGUCACGCGGGGGCGGCACGCCGCGGUGGCCGUGGUCGUCGACCCCCGGAGGGGAUGCACCGGCGCCAGCGCACCAUACGGGUGCGCUUCCAGGGCGCGCGCGAGGAGGGUGGACGUGCCGGUCGAGACGGCCACUCCGAUCAACACCAGCGCAGAAGCUCGUGCGCUUCGCAACAGCAACGCGGAGGAGGGCAACGCCGACCCCUGAAGCUGGCGGGCGGCACAGCGAUAGGCAGGCGGUCUGAGCAGGCGCGUUUCCCGUCCCACCCUGGCUCGGUUCUACGAGGCGAGAACCUGCAUGUUCUCUGGUACUGCUAUACUCUUCGUCUUGUUCAGCCUGCGCGAUUGCUCCUGUAGCAUGUAGGUAGGCAUGCGUGCUAUGCCGCAGAGUAUCGAAGACGGGUCUCUUGUGGACUGGCCUCCGCCGUGUACCGGCGCUGCCCCUCGGAGGGCGCGGACCCAGCGGCAGGGCGCGCCUCUCCGUGCACCGCGCGAGGGCACGCCGCGCGAGGGCCAUCACAUGCGAGCGCCGCGGCUCUCGGGCUCGCUGCGGGCCCAGGCUCGGCCGCGCCGUCUCUUCGCGGGGAGGCGCCGGCGCACUGCGCGUGCGCGGCGGCCCGCGGGAGA